GGACCCGCGCGAGGAGGACUACAAAUAAGAGCGAGAUAACGGCGAGCAGGGACACAACAUUCCGCGUUGCGCUGGAGAUUCACUGAAAACGAAGUUAAGGCAAAGAAGACAGCAGCUGCCAUGGCUCAAGCUCUGGACAUUGAUCGUUGGAACCUGGAGUGUGAGUUCAACAACACCGACCAUCGUACUGAUCUCAACGGUGUGGAUCGUCUGAUCGUCAGGAGAGGCCAACCGUUCACGAUCAGCCUGUACCUUCGCUCUGGACACUACCAACCAGGAGUCAGCUCUCUUGACUUUGUGGCAGAAACAGGCCCCCAACCCUCCGAGCAGUACGGCACCAGGGCCUCCUUCGGCCUGUCUGCCCACACUGACACGUCGCGCUGGAGCGCCGCUGUCACCAGUCCCCCCGGGGACAUGGUGGCCCUGUCCAUCUGCUCUGCCCCUGACGCACCGAUAGGCCGCUACACCCUGACCCUGGGGCGAUCAGCGCGGAUUGAGUUUAUCCUGCUCUUUAACCCCUGGUGCCCAGGAGAUGCUGUAUACAUGGACAAUGAGCAGAGUUUGGCAGAGUAUGUCUUAUCUCAGGAUGGAAUCAUCUUUCGAGGCAGCUACAAAUAUCCAAUAUCAACUCCCUGGAACUUUGGCCAGUUUGAAAGUGGAAUCCUGGAUGCCUGUCUGAGGAUCCUGGAUAUGAAUCCUAAAUGUCUGAAGAAUCCUGGCAAAGACUGCUCAGGGAGGAGAAAUCCCAUCUAUGUUUCCAGAGUGCUUAGUGCCAUGGUGAACUGUAAUGACGACAAAGGGGUGUUGCUGGGAAAAUGGACAGAUGGCUAUGAAGGAGGCGUGAGCCCCAUGUUCUGGAAGGGCAGUGUGGAGAUUCUACGCAAAUGGGACACACAAGCCUGUCAGCCUGUUCUCUACGGACAGUGCUGGGUGUUUGCUGCGGUGGCCUGUACAAUUUCCCGAGCCCUUGGCAUCCCCUGCCGAGUCAUCACCAACUACCUGUCAGCCCACGACACCAACAACAACCUGGUGAUUGAACGCUACAUCAAUGAAAAUGGAGAUCUCAUUCGAUCCAGAGAAAUGAUCUGGAACUAUCACUGCUGGGUGGAGAGCUGGAUGACCAGGCCUGACCUGAAGUCUGAUUUUAAUGGCUGGCAGGCCAGUGAUCCCACACCACAGGAGAAAAGUGACGGAGUGUACUGCUGCGGCCCCAUCCCCGUCAGGGCCAUCAAGGAGGGUGAGCUCAUGUUCAAGUACGACGCCCCGUUUGUCUUUGCCGAGGUCAACGCCGACAUCGACACCUUCAUGAAGAAAAAGGACGGCAGCACAUCGAAAGUCACCUCCACUACACUGGUGGGUCAGAAGAUCAGCACAAAGAGCGUGGGCAGUGACGCCAGAGACGACAUCACACAUCUCUACAAGUUCCCUGAAGGCUCAGAUGAAGAGCGGGAGGCUUUCAAGAAGGCCAACCACCAAAACAAGCUGCUCCAGCAGCAGCAGAAUCAAGGCCUGCACCUCGCUAUCAAGGUCUCAUCAGACAUGAGGAAGGGCUGCGACUUCGACGUGUUCGCCGUGGUUACGAACAACACGCAAAGUGAGAAGAAGUGCCGCCUGGUGUUUGGAUCCUGCGCCGUGUCCUACAAUGGCAUUCUGGGAGAGAACUGUGGUUUUAAAGAUCUGCUCAACGUUGAGCUCUCACCGGGAGCAGAGAGGCGAGUUCCACUGAGGCUGAACUACUCUAAGUACGGUGGCCAGCUCACUGAGGACAACUUGAUCCGUCUGGCGGCUCUGUUGUUGGACUACACCACCAGAGAGCCCGUGCUGGCAGUGAGAAACAUUGUGCUGGAGAACCCUGAAAUCAAAGUCAGAAUCCUGGGCGAACCGAAGGAGAAUCGGAAGCUGGCUGCGGAGAUCACCCUGAAAAACCCUCUGCCAGAGACGCUGGAGGACUGCUGCUUCAGCAUUGAAGGGGCCAACCUCACCGGGGGACACGUCAUCUCUGAAAGGCUGGGCUCCUCAGUGGGUCCUGGGGAAGACGCCAAGGUGAAGAUUUACUUCACUCCCACCCAUUCUGGGCUGAGAAAGCUGGUGGUCGACUUCGACAGCAACAAGUUGUGUCACGUCAAAGGCUACAGAAAUGUCAUUAUUGGAAAAUAAAGCCUUUCAACCUUUGCAGUCCAUUUGACAACAGCAUUCUUGCUCUUUCUCUAGGACUGUUAACUUUUCAGCCAUGGCGAGAUUAGCAAAUGCACCUUCCUUUCCACCAUCUUUGAUGCUUAAAGUUCUUUUCUAUUCAAAUACUUCAAAAGCUCACUGUAAAUGGCUGAUGUAUAUCUGUUUUUAUUCACAUGGAUAUUUAAAUGUGACCCGAGAGGGCUUUGUACUCAUUAAGGCUAAUCAGAUCUAAGCAUACAAAACUUUCACAAAGCAAAUGUACUGUUUCUUCUCACAUUCUGAAGUGUUGAUUAGUCUUUUAGGUGCUAUUUUUUAAAAUACUUUUUCAUUGCACUACAAUUAAAAGAAUUGUUGAAUGUG